UAGGAAUGUUUUUUUGUAAAUUUUUAACAUAUAGAAGUGUAUUUUAAAUUAUCAAUCCUUUUUCAGUGUGUGCAUUAUACUGUUAACCAUGACACAAUCAGAUGAAUCAGAGAAUCCUAUCCAAGAUUCUGAAGAAACAAAAGCCUCUCAGUCCUUUCUUCAAAAAACUCCCCAAGAAGGUGAGCUAGACAAAGAUGCUGAGGUAAAAGUUAAACCAGAGACUAGCAACUACAAGGACUACAGUUUGUGUAAAAGGUUAAAGGUCGAUCAUCCGUUUAGAAGAAGAUUCAUCCAUACACUAUGGUUGUUUUGGGCAUUUGUUGGUUUGGGUUGGAUGGUUGGACAGAUGGGCCCUUCAUUUCCAGAUCUCAGAUUGAUAGCUCAACAGGAACUUGAUACAGCAGCCUGGCUCUUCACUAUAUUCUCUAUUGGAUAUCUAAUUGGAUCUUUUUUUGGAGGUAUACUGUAUGACAGGUUUAACAAAAUGUUACUGAUUGCAUUUUCUACGUUGAUUAUGGCUGUAUCAACAGGAGUGCUACCCUGGUGUAAAUGGUUUCCCCUCAUGCUGGUUGUGAGGUUCAUAUCUGGUAUUGGUGCUGGGGGACUUGAUACAGGAGGGAAUGCUGAUCUUGUGUCACUGUGGGAUGAAGAAGGAAGGCCAUACAUGCAGGCAUUACACUUCUGCUUUGGAUUUGGUGGAAUUAUAUCCCCUCUGGUGACAGAGCCAUUUCUGGCCGAGAAAGAAUGCUUGGAUGCACAGGGUAAUGGAACAGAUAUUAUUUCAACAAAUACAACUGCAGAAACAUUAUAUGACAGUGUUUCCAUGGCAACAGAUGCACUGAAUUCGUCAAGCAAUGGCACAUGUGAAGAAGUUUAUGGAGAAACUUAUAUUCAUUUUGCCUACCUUAUUUCAUUUUUUAUCUUAUUUUCCAGCUCAUUGCCAUUUUUCAUAAUGUCAUUUAAAAUUAUGUGCAAUAAAAAGCCGCACAAUAUGGCAGCAGAUAAAAGCGAAAUUCCACGACCAGACAAACUUCCGUUCAAACUUAAGGUGAUUUUCUUGAUACUUCUGUCCGCGUUCAUGUUGAUGUAUUGUGCCGUAGAAGAUACUUUUUCUGGAUUUUUAGCAACAUUUUGUAUUUAUCAUUUCAAUUGGAGUACUGGUACCAGUAGUUAUGCAACCAGUACCCACUGGGCAUCUUUCGCUUUCGGUCGUUUCUCGGGAAUAUUUCUUAUAAAGGUUUUUAAGCCCGUUCAGCUAUUCUGGGCAUAUUGCAUAUCUGUCGUAUCAUCUUUUGUUGGGUUGCUAAUCGUCAGUUUAACAUAUACAACGGAAUUAGUGUGGUUAUUCAUAGCGUUGGCAGGUUUCUCUAUGUCGAUAAUAUUUCCGUGUAUAUUUACUUGGACCGAGGAAAGUAUACUAAAAGUUACGGGCAUGAUUUCCUCAAUGUUUCUUAUAGCAGCUUCUGGCGGUUUAAUGCUGAAUCCAUUGUUUUUAGGUUAUCUUAUGGACAACUUUUCCCCCAUGUGCUUUGUGUAUCUCCUUUUGGGAGAAAGUGUAGCAUGUUUUUUACUGUUUUUGACAAUAUUUAUUCUAGUCAAAAGAUACAUUAAUUUUGCCAGUUCACCAAAGUCUUCAGACAUGGAGAUAGUUGUAUCUGAGCAAGAGAUGGUGCCUUUAGGUGAAAAGAAAAUGGAAUAAAUGAAUAUUUUAUUGUUUCAAGAUAUUGUUUAAGAAAAUUUAUUUUUAACAUUUCGAUAUAAGCGAUGCAAAAUCAGUUCCAUA